GGGCCGUACACACCGGGACGAAUAUCGGCGCGCGUUAUUCGCCAGCGUUUUCCAACACGUUUUUUGUGUUCACACCCAAGCGAUUUUCGCUGACGAUGAGCCGAGUGAACAUGCAAAUUCAUUCCCUGACAUUAGAUGGCGCUUAAUGUAAAACAGAAAUACCCCUGUACACAAGGUGGCGCUGCGCAACUUUACGCUUCUUAAACUCGCUUUUCACUCAGAAGAAGAGUGCAAGUAUUUACGCGCUUGUCAGAAUCAUACAAAGAAAACAUGAAUAUUUCAAGCACCAGUAACUCUAGCUCCAGUUCCAGCGAUGAAGAAAUUAUUGUUCUGUUGAAUGAGGAAAGACGCCGGAAAAGACGCCGAUUUUGGGUACAUCCCAUAGUUACGAGAAGAGAAGAACAUGGGGAGUUUUAUCGACUGGUACAAGAGCUGAAAAUGUAUCAUGAGCGUUUUCGGGGGUAUUUUAGAAUGUCCGUCAGUGAGUUCGAAAAUUUACUUCAACAACUGGCUCCCUUGCUGACGAAAGAACAGACACACUACCGUAAACCAAUCGACCCAGAACAGCGUUUGGCCGUGUGUUUACGUUUUCUAAGCACUGGGGACUCGUACCGCUCUAUUGCGUUCAGCUUUCGACUUGGUGUGUCAACUGUGGCUUCGAUAGUGAGUGAAACCUGUGAUGCAUUGUGGCACUGCCUCAGAGAUGAACAUUUGCCAGUGCCUACUGAAGAGAUGUGGAGGAGUACAGCCAGGAGAUUCCAUGAAAGAUGGAAUUUCCCUAACUGCUUGGGAGCCAUGGAUGGGAAACACAUAUUCAUCCAGGCCCCUGCAAACUCUGGUUCUCUAUACUUUAAUUAUAAAGGUACAUUCUCCGUUGUAUUGCUGGCCUUAGUUGAUGCAGAUUACCGCUUCCUGGUGGUUGAUGUGGGGAGCUAUGGCAGCAACAGUGAUGGAGGAAUCUUUGCCAAUUCUGUACUGGGAAAGGCACUCAGAAAUGGAACUCUGAAUGUUCCCCCACCAAGUGAACUUCCAGGUGCUCCUGAGCUGGGAAAAGUUAACCAUGUCAUUGUGGCGGAUGAAGCUUUUCCGCUGAAACCAUAUCUCCUCCGGCCAUACCCUGGACGCCGCCUCCCCACAGACAAGAGAAUUUUCAAUUAUCGUUUGUCUCGGGCACGGCGCAUCUCUGAAAAUGUAUUUGGCAUCCUCAGUCAACGCUUCCGGGUUUUCCAAAGAACUUUACAGGUUCAACCAAGUGUUGUUGACAAAGUUGUCAAAGCUGCUUGUGCGUUGUGCAAUUAUUUGCGCCCGAACGGAAAUGACCAGAAUCGUGCCACAGAGGAUGACCAUGAUUGUGAGCAACCACUACAAGGCUUUGAACAUUGUAGGGGGCAGCGGGCAUCUGUGGAGGCCCAAAAUGUCCGAGAACUGUACAAAGAGUACUUCAACUCACCAGCAGGAGAAGUUGCUUGGCAGUAUGACCAUGUGAACCAUGCUCUGGGGAACAGAUAAUAUCAACCUAUAAAUUUGAGCCAUUUUAAUUACAUUUUCCAUUGAGAAAACUGCUAGUGUAUGUGUAUAUAUACAAUUUCUGUGAACUUGAAUACACUAUCAAAUCUAUUGCAUCUGAUUCUUCAUUAAUUAAUAUGGCAGCACUCACCACAGCAAAUUAAAUAUUUUUGAUAUAACAUGUUCUAUCAAAGUUAAAGCAUAGUUUUUUUUUGCAAAAAGUAAAGUAUUUGGUCACUUCAACAUAUACUUAUUUACAACUAAAUGUAAGUUGUAUUUUUGAAAAUGUGUAUUUUUAAUAAACAUUUUUACUAGCA